CCGCCAAAACGAAAUCGGAUGAAACGAGGAUGCCAUGACUUGUGCACGGGAACAGCGACGUCCAAGCGACGUAGAGACGUAAAGUACCCGGCGGAUGCCAUCAGUCGGUUGAUGUGGGCGGGGCGAUCGAUAUGGAAAAACUCAUUAACGACCGAUGCACGAAACAACGUCGCACAGACAACAACAACGAUCAAGUGUUCGCACUGCGAACGAUCCAUUCGACCCGGCAGGGAAAUGCAAUGUGUGGAAUGCCUGAACACGUACUGCGACGAGUGCGCCACCAUCAAUUAUUCUAUGCCGCACGACCGCAUCUUCUGCCUUGGAUGCAACCACCAUGCCACAACGUAGUUCGAAACCUUCUUGGGCAUCCUUGUUUUUACUGUUAAUUGUGAAUAAAUAGGUUGAUUUAUUUCA